AAAAUGAACGGGACCGGUGCAGACAAACAUUGUUUCGUCUUCGUAUUUAAUUGAAAAAAAAACCAUUAUUAUGUGCAUUUUUUAAAUAUUCAUUUGUCAAUAAUUAAAGUGUAAAUUGUCAAUAAUAUAUUGAUAGUGUUUGUUUAUUGAAAUAACAAUUGGAUUAAAUUGAUAAACAGGAUUAUUGAUUGUCGUGCAAGUAUAUAACUUUUGCCACACCCCACAGCCAUUUUGAUCAUCUUUUGGUAAGAAGAGAGAUAUUUGUGUGCGGUGAUAAAAAUUUGAUUUAAAUCAUCAUGGAUCAAAUUACACCCAAGGAGGUGAAAAUCCUUGAGAAUCCUGAGGAUAUUCAAGAAAGACGAGAUCAAGUUCUUGGACGUUAUUCGAAUUUUAAAUCCGAAGCACGUAGUAAACGAGAUAAACUCGAGGACUCCCGUCGCUUUCAGUAUUUUAAGCGAGAUGCGGAUGAACUCGAAGGAUGGAUUUACGAAAAAUUGCAAGCAGCUUCCGAUGAAAGCUAUAAAGAUCCUACGAAUUUGCAAGCAAAAAUUCAAAAACAUCAGGCUUUUGAAGCGGAAGUUUCUGCACAUUCUAAUGCAAUUGUUCUGCUCGAUAACACCGGUCAAGAGAUGAUUGCCCAACAUCAUUUCUCCAGUGAUAUUAUCAGCAAAAGAUGCGAGGAACUUCAUCGCCUUUGGGAACUUUUGUUGUCUCGAUUGGCUGAUAAAGGUCUAAAACUACAACAGGCUUUGGUUUUGGUACAAUUUCUUCGUCACUGCGAGGAAGUGAUGUUUUGGAUUAAAGAUAAAGAGGCAUUUGUGACGAAUGAAGAUUUUGGUCAGGAUUUAGAGCACGUUGAGGUGCUACAAAGAAAAUUUGAUGAAUUUCAAAAAGACAUGGCUAGCCAAGAAUAUCGUGUGACUGAAGUUAAUGAACUUGCUGAUAAACUUCUUUUGAAUGGUCAUCCAGAGCGCGAUACAAUUUUACGUAAUAAAGAAGAACUCAAUGAAUCAUGGCAGAGAUUAAAACAAUUGGCAAUAUUACGUCAGGAGAAAUUAUUUGGUGCACAUGAAAUACAACGUUUUAAUCGUGACGCUGAUGAAACAAUGGCAUGGAUUGCAGAGAAAGAUGUUGUAUUAUCGUCCGAUGAUUUUGGUCGUGAUUUAGCGAGUGUACAAAUAUUACAACGUAAACAUGAGGGUAUUGAACGUGAUUUAGCGGCACUUGAUGAUAAAGUAACAACAUUAAGUACAGAAGCUAAUAGAUUGGCUGCAAUUCAUCAAGCCGAUCAUGCGCAACAAAUAAAAGCAAAACAAAUUGAAAUUUCCCAAUCGUGGGAGAGUCUCACUGGUAAAGCAAAGGAGCGACGAUUAAAAUUAGAUGAAUCCUAUGCAUUGCAUCGUUUUUUGGCCGAUUAUCGUGAUUUAGUCUCGUGGAUGAAUGAUAUGAAGGCAAUAAUAUCGGCUGAUGAAUUGGCAAAGGAUGUUGCAGGCGCUGAAUCACUUUUGGAAAGACAUCAGGAGCAUAAAGGGGAAAUUGAUGCAAGAACUGAUAGUUUUGAUUCGACAACAUUGGCUGGUAAUCAACUUGUUGAGAAGAAGCAUUAUGCUGCCGAGGAAGUGGCGAGAAAAUUAGAAUCAUUGGCCGAUGAUAAAGCACAAUUGUUAAGUCUUUGGGAGAAGAGGAGAAUUCUUUAUGAGCAAUGUAUGGAUUUACAGCUUUUUUAUCGUGACACUGAACAAGCUGAUGCUUGGAUGGCGAAACAGGAGGCUUUUCUUGCUAAUGAAGAUCUUGGCGAUUCAUUGGACAGCGUUGAGGCAUUGAGUAAGAAACAUGAGGAUUUUGACAAGAGUCUCGCUGCACAGGAUGAGAAAAUUAAGGCUCUCGAUGAAUUUGCCGGAAAAUUGGUUGAAGGUGAACAUUAUGCAGCUGAUGAUGUUGCACAGAGACGACAAAUGCUUUUGGAGCGUAGAUCUAUUCUUUUGGAUAGAUCAGCGCAUCGUCGACAACGUUUGGAAGAUGCUUACAGAUUGCAACAAUUUGAAAGAGAUUGCGACGAGACGAAAGGUUGGAUUUUCGAAAAAUUGAAAUUCGCCACCGAUGACAGCUAUUUGGAUCCAACGAAUUUAAAUGGUAAAGUUCAAAAACAUCAAAAUUUCGAACAAGAAUUAAAUGCAAAUAAAACACGUAUGGAUGAAUUGGUAUCAACUGGACAGGAAUUAAUUGAAAGUGAACAUUAUGCGAGUGAUCGUAUUCGUUCAAGAACUGAUGAGAUUAUAUCACUUUGGGAGAGUUUGGCACAUGCUUCAGAUAAAAAAGGGGCAAAAUUACAAGAAGCAUCUCAACAACAACAAUUUAAUCGCACCGUUGAGGAUAUUGAAUUAUGGCUCUCAGAAGUUGAGGGUCAAUUAAUGUCGGAGGAUUAUGGUAAGGAUUUAACAAGUGUGCAAAAUUUACAAAAAAAGCACGCAUUACUUGAAGCUGACGUUGGAUCACAUUCAGAUCGUAUUGAGGCAAUUAAUCAAGCAGCUGAGAAUUUUAUCACUUCUGGUCAUUUUGAUGCGGAUAAUAUUAAAACAAAACAGGAUCAAUUGCAAAAUCGUUAUUCGGCAUUACAAAAACCAAUGAGUAUAAGAAAGCAAAGAUUACUUGAUUCCCUUCAGGUGCAACAAUUAUUCCGUGAUAUUGAAGAUGAGGAGGCAUGGAUACGUGAAAAGGAACCAGUUGCAGCGAGUACAAAUCGUGGACGUGAUCUUAUUGGCGUUCAAAAUUUACAAAAAAAACAUCAAGCUGUUUUAGCUGAAAUAAAUAAUCAUGAGCCAAGAGUUGCGGCUGUUUGUCAAGCGGGUAAUAAAAUGUUACAGGAUGGACAUUUUGCUGCUGAUGAAAUUUCACAACGUCUCACUGCAUUGGAUGAACAUUGGGGACAAUUGAAGGAGAAGGCGCGUCAACGUAAACAAGAUUUGGAUGAUUCAUUGCAGGCGCAUCAAUAUUUUGCCGAUGCAAAUGAAGCGGAAUCGUGGAUGAAGGAGAAACGACCAAUUGUCAUGAAUCCUGAUUAUGGAAAAGAUGAGGACAGUUCGGAGGCGUUGCUUAAGAAACAUGAGGCGCUUGUUAGUGAUUUGGAAGCGUUUGCCAGUACAAUACAAGCGGUUAAAGAACAAGCAGCCGCGUGUCGACAGCAAGAGACACCGACUGUUGAUAUUGCUGGUAAAGAAUGUGUUGUUGCACUUUAUGAUUAUGCGGAAAAAUCACCGAGGGAAGUUUCAAUGAAAAAAGGCGAUACAUUAACAUUGUUGAAUUCAAAUAAUAAAGAUUGGUGGAAGGUUGAAGUUAAUGAUCGUCAAGGAUUUGUGCCAGCUGCUUAUGUGAAACGAGUUGAACCCGAGGCGGGUUUGACAGCGUCGCAACAAAAUCUUGCUCGUGAACAGAGUUCAAUUGCUGCACGACAGGCGCAAAUUGAAGCGCAAUAUGAUGAUUUAAUUGAAUUGGCAAAGGAGAGGCAGAAUAAAUUAAAUGAAACUGCAAAGGCAUAUGUUCUUGUGAGAGAAGCAGCGGAGCUUGCAACUUGGAUUAAAGAUAAAGAGAAUCAUGCACAGGUACAAGAUGUUGGCGAAGAUCUUGAACAAGUUGAAGUGAUGCAAAAGAAAUUUGAUGAUUUUCAAGCUGAUUUAAAGGCAAAUGAAGUGCGUCUUGCUGAAAUGAAUGAAAUUGCUGUACAAUUAAUGAGUCUUGGACAAACGGAAGCUGCAUUGAAAAUUCAUACGCAAAUUCAAGAUUUAAAUGAAAAAUGGACAAGUCUUCAGACAUUGACUGCGGAGAAGGCGAGUCAACUUGGCUCAGCGCAUGAGGUACAAAGAUUUCAUCGUGAUGUUGAUGAAACAAAAGAUUGGAUACGUGAAAAGGAUGCUGCAUUGAAUAAUGAUGAUCUUGGUAAAGAUUUACGAAGUGUUCAGGCAUUACAGCGUAAACAUGAGGGACUUGAGAGAGAUUUAGCUGCACUUGGUGAUAAAAUUAAACAACUUGACGAGACUGCAAAUCGUUUAAUGCAAUCGCAUCCUGACACUGCUGAGCAAACUUAUGCGAAACAAAAAGAAAUUAAUGAAGAAUGGACACAAUUGACUGCCAAGGCUAAUAAUCGAAAGGAAAAAUUGUUGGACUCUUAUGAUUUACAGAGAUUUUUGAGUGAUUAUCGUGAUUUAAUGGCUUGGAUUAAUUCAAUGAUGGGUCUUGUUGCUUCUGAGGAACUUGCAUCCGAUGUCACUGGCGCUGAGGCUUUGCUUGAACGUCAUCAGGAACAUCGUAUGGAAAUUGACGCCAGAGCGGGAACAUUCCAAUCAUUUGAUUUAUUUGGACAGCAACUAUUGCAAUCGAGUCAUUAUGCAAGUUUGGAGAUACAAGAAAAAUUGGAUUCAAUGGCGGAGGCACGUCAAGAAUUGGAAAAAGCAUGGAUACAACGUCGUAUGCAACUUGAUCAAAAUCUUGAAUUACAACUAUUUUGUCGUGAUUGUGAGCAAGCGGAAAAUUGGAUGAGCGCACGUGAAGCAUUUUUAAGUAGUGCCGAUACUGUUGAUAGUAGCGAUAAUGUUGAGGCAUUAAUUAAAAAACACGAGGAUUUUGAUAAGGCAAUAAAUGCCCAUGAGGAGAAAAUUGCAGCACUACAAACAUUGGCUGAUCAAUUAAUUGCCGCUGAGCAUUAUGCAUCGAAACCAAUUGACGAUAGACGUUGUCAAGUAUUGGAUCGUUGGCGUCAUUUGAAAGAUGCGCUAAUUGAAAAACGUUCGAAAUUAGGUGAAUCACAAACAUUACAACAAUUUUCACGUGACGCUGAUGAAAUGGAAAAUUGGAUUGCUGAAAAAUUACAACUUGCAACCGAGGAAAAUUAUAAAGAUCCAGCGAAUAUACAAUCGAAACAUCAAAAACAUCAAGCAUUCGAAGCUGAAUUGGCAGCAAAUGCUGAUAGAAUACAAUCGGUAUUGGCAAUGGGUGGUAAUCUUAUUGAGAAGAGACAAUGCGCUGGUUCGGAGGAUGCUGUACAAAAGAGACUUGCAUCAAUUGCCGAUCAAUGGGAAUAUUUGACACAAAAAACCACGGAGAAAUCAAUGAAAUUGAAAGAGGCGAAUAAACAAAGGACUUAUAUUGCCGCUGUAAAGGAUUUAGAUUUUUGGCUUGGUGAAGUUGAGAGUUUAUUAACAUCGGAGGACGCUGGUAAGGAUUUGGCAUCGGUGCAGAAUUUAAUGAAAAAACAUCAACUUGUUGAGGCUGAUAUACAAGCGCAUGAGGAGAGAAUUAAGGAUAUGAAUGCGCAAGCUGAUUCAUUAAUUGAAAGUGGACAAUUUGAUGCAGCUGGUAUUCAGGAGAAACGACAGAGUAUUAAUGAAAGAUAUGAGAGAAUAAGAAAUCUUGCUGCGCAUAGGCAGGCGCGACUCAAUGAAGCAAAUACUUUACAUCAAUUUUUCCGCGAUAUUGCCGAUGAAGAAUCGUGGAUUAAGGAAAAGAAGCUUCUUGUUGGUUCAGAUGAUUAUGGACGUGAUUUGACGGGUGUGCAAAAUCUUAAAAAGAAACAUAAACGUCUUGAGGCGGAGCUUGCAAGUCAUGAGCCAGCAAUACAAGCUGUUCAAGAAGCUGGUGAAAAAUUGAUAAAUGUCUCGAAUCUUGGCGUACCGGAAAUUGAGCAACGUUUGAAAUUAUUGAAUCAAGCAUGGGCUGAAUUGAAACAAUUGGCUGCUAAUCGUGGACAAAAACUUGAUGAAUCAUUGACUUAUCAACAAUUUUUGGCUAAAGUUGAAGAGGAAGAGGCAUGGAUUACUGAGAAACAACAAUUACUUUCGGUUGAGGAUUAUGGCGAUACUAUGGCUGCUGUUCAGGGUUUAUUAAAGAAACAUGAUGCUUUUGAAACUGAUUUCACUGCUCAUGGUGAACGUUGUAAGGAUAUUUGUAAGGAUGGUGAGAAAUUGAUUAAAGAUGGAAAUCAUCGUGCCGAAUCAAUUGAACAACGUUGUAAUCAAUUGAGAAAUAAAUUAGAACAACUUGGAGCACUUGCUGAUAGAAGAAAGACACGUCUUAAUGAUAAUUCGGCGUAUUUGCAAUUUAUGUGGAAGGCAGAUGUGGUGGAAUCAUGGAUUGCUGAUAAGGAGACACAUGUACGUUCGGAGGAAUUUGGUCGUGAUUUAUCAACAGUACAAACAUUGUUGACUAAACAGGAGACAUUUGACGCUGGUCUUGUUGCUUUUGAACAUGAGGGUAUUCAUAAUAUUACAAGUUUAAAAGAAAUGCUUAUUGACGCUGGUCAUGAUCAAACGGCAAGUAUUCAAAAACGUCACGCCGAUGUUAUUGCACGUUGGAAUAAACUUCUUGCCGAUUCUGAUGCAAGAAAACAACGUUUAUUGAGAAUGCAGGAUCAAUUUAGACAAAUUGAGGAACUUUAUUUGACAUUUGCGAAAAAAGCAUCGGCAUUUAAUUCAUGGUUUGAAAAUGCCGAGGAGGAUUUAACUGAUCCUGUUCGUUGUAAUAGUAUUGAGGAAAUUCGUGCAUUACGCGAAGCACAUGCACAAUUUCAAGCGAGUCUCUCGUCGGCUGAAGCCGAUUUUCAAGCAUUGGCUGCACUUGAUCGUCAAAUAAAGAGUUUUAACGUUGGACCAAAUCCAUAUACUUGGUUUACAAUGGAGGCAUUGGAGGAUACAUGGAGAAAUUUACAAAAGAUCAUUAAGGAAAGGGAUGUUGAACUUGCAAAGGAGGCGCAACGACAAGAGGAGAAUGAUAAAUUACGCAAAGAAUUUGCAAAACAUGCGAACGCUUUUCAUUUAUGGUUGGCUGAUACGCGUACAUCAAUGAUGGAAGGUUCGGGUUCAUUGGAACAACAAUUGGAAGCAACCAAAAGAAAAACACAGGAGGUACGUGCGCGUCGGCAAGAUUUGAAAAAAAUUGAAGAUCUUGGAGCAAUAUUGGAGGAGCAUUUGAUACUUGACAAUCGAUAUACGGAGCAUAGUACCGUUGGAUUAGCGCAACAAUGGGAUCAACUUGAUCAGCUUGGUAUGAGAAUGCAACAUAAUUUGGAGCAACAAAUACAAGCGCGCAAUCAAUCGGGUGUAAGUGAAGAUGCUCUCAAGGAAUUUUCAAUGAUGUUUAAACACUUUGAUAAAGAUAAGAGUGGACGAUUGAAUCAUCAAGAAUUCAAGUCUUGUUUAAGAGCAUUAGGUUAUGAUCUUCCAAUGGUGGAGGAGGGUCAACCUGAUCCUGAAUUCGAAAACAUUCUAGAUAUCGUUGAUCCAAAUAGAGAUGGUUUUGUCUCACUUCAAGAAUACAUGGCGUUUAUGAUUAGUAAAGAAACUGAAAAUGUUCAAAGUUCUGAAGAAAUUGAGAAUGCAUUCCGUGCCAUUACAGCGGCAGAUCGUCCUUACGUCACCAAGGAAGAAUUAUAUGCUAACCUUACAAAAGAAAUGGCGGACUAUUGUGUGGCACGGAUGAAAUCUUACGUUGAUCCAAAAACAGAACGACCAAUUACUGGAGCAUUGGAUUAUAUAGAAUUUACUCAUACCCUCUUCCAAAAUUAAUAAUCGACAAUCUAGAUAUUUUAGAGCUUUCUUAUUGUAGUGUCCUCUAUGAAUACAACACAAAUUGCAUUAUUAGAGAUAAUUUAAUUUUUUUCACAUUUACAGAAUUUAAUUAUUGCAGCUAUAUAAAUACUAAACAGUUAUGUAGUUUAUUAUAUUUAUAUUAAAUUAUAAACAGUUCUUGAUUAAAAUUCUAUAUAUAUAUAUAUAUAUAAAAUAUUUUGGGCUUUUUAAAAAAAAAUUAAAUUAGUAUUUUAGAUUCUUCGAAAACGUAUACAUGAAAAAUGUAAGUUUACGCUUAGUUACACUGGCUUAAUAAAGAACAGAAAUAAAAAUACUA